GACACGGAGGGGUUGAGCUACACAACGACUUCGACGUUGUUCUCUCCACUCACGUGCAGCCGCCAGCAAGAAGCAGAUGAAGCUGUGUGCUGUAGGUAGAAGUUAGAUAACACAGCAGUGGUGGCCUUCCAUUCAACAGAACAUCUAAGCUUCGGGGGUCGACGGGGGAUAAAUAAUUCUUCUACAUCGUGAUUUUAAAGUCUUUACUGCUUAGUGGGGGUACCUCGGAUGGUGGACGUUCUGAACAUUCUUCUGGCUUAUAGUCACAUGACUAAAGAUACAAGGCUUCGACUGUCGUUCCCUUUUGACUGACGUGGCGUGCAAGGUAUAUCGACAGAGCAAGACAAGUGGCGAGCGGCUCUCAUUCAUGCUGUUGCAGUUCAGACAAAAGUUUUAAUCCAUUGAGAGCCAAGAUUUUUUGAAGCCACUUUUGAAGAAGAGCGCAUAAAAAGCAGAAAAAGACGUCAGCAAAGCUCUCUAAUGACCAAGUGAGUGGAAAAACAACGGUCUUCUUCCGCCAUCUUCUUUAUAACUCUCUCAGUGACAUUCCUCUGAACUUAUGGCCUCUUCGAUUCCAUCCACCUACAAAUCUCUUCAUCCUCAUCGUCACCUGCGGUUGAUCAUCAAGCAUUGUGAGUGUGUGUGCGUAUGCAAGGUAUGUGUACGUUCUUCUUAUUGCACACUGAAUCUGACACGAACAAACAUUUUUCAUAGACUAUCGUUGAAAGAAAUAAGCGAGACCGGGCCCACAAAACUAAUUAGUAAAAUUGCUUCAUGAAAACUGCUGUUGACAAUGUGAAGCAUGAAAGCAUGUACAUGUAUUAUAGCUUCUUUCUUGUUGUCUGUUCGUCUGUCCUGAUAGUGUGAUUGUAUUUCUUAUCCUUUUGGCUGUCUUGAUUGUUUGUGUUAUUGUCAUGUUUACAGUUCUCUGUUGUCCUUGGUCUCUGAUAAGACAAAUGUAUCAACCUGGCGGCUCUUACGUGCAUAGUUUACAAGCGCUUUAGACGAGAUAACACACCUCUGUUAACAGACUGUACAAAAUAGCAGGAGUGGGUCCGGUCGCCUUGCUCAUGUGCACAAUGUACUGCCUGGGUGCGAGUAUUACACUCAACUGUACAGAGAGAAAACAGGACGGCAAACAUCCGCUUACGGUAUCUAAGUGCAUGAAACCCACAUACGUUGUGAUAAUCGCUGUGUGUGUCACGGUUAUCGUCCUCAUCCUCGUCGUAUCCGUAUUCAUCGGGGUGAUUAUCUGGCGAAAACGGAAAAGCAGGAACAAACUUGCGCGAUUAAGAGGAGUCACCAUCAACAUUGGUGACACAACGCAGAAACACGAACCGUGUCAAGAGGUCAAAGUCAAGAGGUUAACCCAAGCGCUAAAUGUCAAUGGGGCAGGUGAGCCAUCAGAGUUGUUGAAGAUUGAUGAAACGAAUAACGGGCCUAAGAUCAGAGGUGUACAGGAUCCUGUUGCCAUUCACAUUAAUCCGCCACCUCCGCCACCUCCAGUCCCACCUGUGGCCUGAUGGGAAAUACACGGAAGUCUGGAACCACCCGUCCGUCGUAGUCAUUCGAUCUGAUGUCGUCAUCGAUCUCCACAGUGUGUGUGUGUGUGCGUGCGCGAGCGUCCAUGAGUGGGAGCCUAUACCUGUGUGUAGGAUUUUCAAUAGGCCAGGUGUGGUUUUCCCUUUUGUGUAGGUGUGUGCACGGGAUUCAUGUCGGCCACUUAAAGUUUAUUAAUAUAGCGGCGUUACUGAGAGGUUGCACUAAAGAUAGGAUUGAAGCCAUGAGGGAUUUUUACUGAUGUUUUGUGUUUGGGGUAAUCUACCCCUUUGGUGGUUUUUCUCGGUUUUGAUGUGUCAAAUCCUGACCGGACAAUUUUUUAAGUUCUGAUCAGAAAUGUUGGUAAACUAUAGAGGAAAAUAUUCCCUGAGAAACCUAGAUUAAUCUGUUUGUUUUGAGUCAGCAAGUCUUCGGGGAAUUAUUGUGUUGAAUCUUUGGGUUUUUUGAGACUUUUUGUUUUUGUUGCAUACGUGGAUUAUUAUUCUCUUGAUAUUAUGUACCUGGCUCAAUGAAAAUUAUCAAUUGAGGACUAUUUGAAUUUUAGUAAUGCAAAUACACAAUUUUAAAUUGUUAGACUUUAUGACUGCAUUUUUCUGUGUGGUUUUUAUUCUUUUCAUUUGUGUUUUUCGUAUUUCGGUGUGUCGGAGCUUGCUUGAGUUAAGCAGAUUUAAAGAGAACAAGUAGGAUGGUGGCCACUUCGAGGAAAGCAGGUUCAAAGACGUUUAACAACCUGAAGGUUUCCCCGUCCAUAUUUGUGAUAAUCCAAGUUGUACGAACUUUUAGAAGAAGAUACAGCACAGCAAGUACGUCUUUCCGUACGAUUAUUUUGAACUGGAUGGUACAUCAACAUCUUUGUCAAUGGUAUCCCGGCCUAUCGUCUGUAAUGUGUUCAUCUUGCUGUCUGUCCAUAUAAAUGUGUUAUAAUUAAAUAAUCAACAAAGUUCUCACAGCUCUAAAAACGGGUAAGUCGGAAGUUGAUCGGAACUGAGUUAAGCUAAUAAUUAUAUGUACAUUUUUUUUUUUUUCGCGUUACCACUAUGAAUAAAAUGUAAAGACUGACGGAGGCAGUGUUGCUUCUAAGAAAGACGAUCGCACAGUGUGUUUUUGAAAUUAAUGAUUGUUUUUAUUGAACAAUUCAGUCUUUUAUUUUCCCAUCAGAUAGUAUCUGGAUCAACGACAAACUUUAUUUACUUGUAAAUUUUUCAGACAAGUAUUAAUUAAUAUUCAAAUGUUAAUUUCUGGCUCUCCGGCAAGUAUGAUCUGACUCGCACAAGAAUUGUGACUGUUUUUAUCAUUUCAAUAAAACAGGAACGAUCGCCGAGAUUAGUAAAAAAAACUAUAAUUAAAAAAUUAAUAAAUUAAAUUAAUAGCUUUUAAGAUCCUUUUCACACUUAGCAUUGAUCGAAAUGUUCCCUCGGCGAAAGUGUCCAAGGAAUCGCAACGUUGACCUCAAUCACAUUUUUCCGGCCUCGGGCAUCAAACUGCUCUGUGACUCAUUUUGUUGUGGUCAGUUAUAUAUUCUUACAAUGUCCACGUACAGAGAUAAAGGACACAAUCUUUUACUCUCCUUGAUGCGAGAAUGAAAUAAAGAGAGCUUACAAAGUAACAAAUUAUUAUUAUUUUGUGUGACUUAUUUAUUACACUUUUGAUUUGGAAUGUUUUAUUAUGCUCACAAAGUAACCGUCUGGCUAUGGGAUAUAAAUGCAUGAUUCUAUUCUCAGAAGGGAGAAGAUACAGCAACUGAAGCCUCUGACAUCUCCAAAAUGUUUGUAAUCUACACAACCCUUACAAAAUGCCCCCAACGGAAUGUUGACCCCUGCAUGCCACACACCAU